AUGUUUCGAUAUCGGUCAUAAAACUUGCGACAGGGAUUUUUUCCUUCAAGUCCAGCUUGAUAGUUUAUUAUUCGUGAAAUUUUUCAGUAAAAGUGUCCCAGAAUCGGACACAAUCAUCAAAAAUCCAUCGACGGAUACAGUCUGCAGCAGUUGCCGUUGGAGUUUUGCGAUUUCGGGCGGAAUCCUUGCGGAAAAAUUGAAUUCUUUUUUGGGUCAUUCCGUUCGAGCUGCAGAGCAAUGUUUGCCGUCUGAAACGGGACCGCAGUUUUUGGGAGGAAGUUUACUGAUGCUAUGAUGAACCGUGCUGUAUAUUGACAAGCAGCAAAAACUGAAGCAUCAUCUUGAGAUAUGAACGGAACAUACGAUGGAAAGUCAACAAGCUCAUCAUCAUCUUCAUCCUCCGGUGGGGGUGGUGGUGGAGGAACUACCAGUUCCCAUAAUCUGCACAAAGCGCCCAAAAAUUAUAAACUAAUUGUGGAUCCAUUCAUUCACAAAGGUGGCGUUCAGAAGACAUACCGUUACGAUGGUAUUGUUCCUGGGGAUCCAACGUAUCCACCGGUUAUUCCGAGAGAUCCUCGGAAUCCUUUGGCCAGGAUACGGACACGCAUUGAGCCUUUCGACAUGAUUGUCCCGAGGUUCAAGAUUGACGAUCACUACAUCGGAGAACCGCCGGCUAUUGAAAUCACAAUUACCAAUCUUAACGACAACAUUGAUAAACCCUUCCUAUCGGAUCUAUUGGCCAAAUGCGGAACAUACACUGAGCUCUAUAUCUACUACCAUCCUGUAACUAACAAACAUCUCGGUAUUGCUCGAAUCGUGUUUGAAAACGUCCGUUCAGCACGUAUCUGUGUGGAGCGCUUAAACGGGACCUCGGUGAUGGGCAAAGUGUUGAACGUUUUCAAGGAUCCCUUCGGAGAUGAAUGCAAACGCGCGAUAGAAGAAAGAACAUCCGAGAAGAAAAAACCCGCUCCUCCUCCGCCACUUCCGCCUGCACCCGUACAUAAAGCAGUCCCUCCGGUUUUGGUAAAGCCGGUAAAACCCCCAGCACCGUUACCACCAGCCGCAUCAUCUUCUGCAUCCCAUUAUGGUAGUCGCAACAGUUCUGGCACAGAGAUGUUAAAUGAUGACGACAAUUGGGAUUGUGAUAGUUCUGCGCCAGUAGUUCCAACUAAGAAAGCGCCAAAAGUUGCGCCACCUCCACCUCUUCCACCGCCUCCUUCUUCCAAGCCUUCAAAUGCAUUAGCAACCGAAGAAGAUAUGUGGGAUGUUGACGAAUAUUCCGGAAGCGCUGGCAAUAGUGCAGACUCGUUCUCCUAUAGCAAAGACAAAUAUUCUUCAACUAGUAAAGCUGGAUCUCAAUACGAAAGCGCUCGAGAAGACGAUAGUAAAAGUUGGGAUAAGUCCCGCGACAAGUACUACGAUCGUAAGGACAGAGAUAAGAAGUAUUUUAAGGAUGACAGGCGAGAUAGGGAUCGCGAUCGCGAACGUGACUAUGAACGCGGGCGAGAUAGGGAUCGCGAAAGAGAAAGAGAGCGUGAUCGGGAUCGAGAUCGUGACCGAGACCGAGAACGUGAGUGGGACAGAGAAAGGCCUCGUGACAGGGAUCGUGAUUGGGACAGCAGAGAUCGCGAUCGUUACGGCAGGGAUCGAGAUAGACAGCGAAGUAAAAGUGGAGGCUACUGGUAUGGCAAGUCAGGAAACUACACGAGUGAAAUGGGCGGCUAUGGUAGUAAUCGUUAUCCACAGUACGAAUAUUCAUAUGGUUAUGGAGCUUCUGACUAUGGAACAUAUGGAUACCCUCCUCCUCCUCCUCCUUCAUCAGCAACAACUGUCACAAGCAGCUAUGUGGCAACUCCAAGCUCGUGGGUACCUCCACCGCCACCUGAUGAAAAGCCCAAGGCUCCUCCCCCUCCACCUUCGAGUAAAUCAAAUGUAGGGGGAGAAACCGUGUUGGACGACUCUGACAUGUGGGAUCUUGAGGAAACGACGGAUCCCGCCCCCAAACCACCGGCAACCCCUCCAGGUCCUCCUGAACCAAAAAACGAACCAGCCGUAGAUGACGAUAAUAGUGGAUCUGCACUAGAUUUGGACACGAGGAUCGCUAUGAUGUUCAAAGAUAAAACCUUUGGAGGUGCCCCGUUUCUUCAACUUAGUGAUGCCGAAGAGGAAGAUAAAAAAGAAGAAGGCGAAACGGGUGACGAUAGUCAGGACACUUUGAUCAAGCAGGAAGUCAAAGAAGAAAAGCCUCCCAGUCCAGUCGAGGAGGUUCAAAUAAAGAAAGAAAAGUUGGAACCACCGAAAGAGGAAGGAGCAAGUGAUAUCUCAUCCAGCGAAGAUGACAUUCUUGCUAAGGAAAGCACUCCACCUCUACCGACCAAACCGUACAUGGAAGACAUUAUCAAACGUGAUAACGAUCAGAUGUCGCUUUCUAGUCUAUCAUCGACUGACGGUAAAAACGAUGAUUCUACAGCACCACCACUCCCAACUGAUCCGGCACCAAAUGCACCCCCUCCCCCAGAACCAACUCAAUCAUUCACUUACGUCUAUCCACCCGGCAUUGGACCUGGAAUGGGAUAUCCCCCUGCUCCACCUGGUACCGAUCCAUCCUAUUACUAUUCUCAAACGUACUCACAAAGCUCUUAUCAGCAAUACCAAUCAGGCUACUACCAAAACAGUUACAUGCAUCCCUACAUGGCGGGCUUCACAGGUGGAGCCUAUCCUUAUCAAGUACCGUCAUCCCAAUCUUACGGCUUUUCUACAAACAAAAAGGACGCUUACAACGACGAUCGUUAUCGAUUAUCGUAUUCCAGUUCGAACAGAGAACGGGAACGAGAACGAAAGAAACGGGAUCGCUAUGAAGACGCGAUCGCUGCUGUAAUCGAACGUGUCACCGCUGAGCUAAAGCAAAUUCUGAAGAAAGAUUUCAACAAGAAAAUGAUUGAAAACACCGCGUACAAAAAGUACGAAGCGUGGUGGGAUGAGGAGGAACUUAAGAGCAAAGGAAAACAUAAGGAUGUAAUGAACGAUAUAACUCCGCUGACCGUAGCAAAGGUAGAUAAAGCUCCUGACAUCAACCAAUUGCUGAAUCAAAAUUACGAUAACCUGGACAGCAAUAGCAGCUAUAUAGGGCUGGGGUUAAGAGCCACUAUCCCAAAAAUGCCCAGUUUCAGGAGAAUACGAAAGCAACCGAGUCCGAUUCCACAGGACGACGAAGAUUCACGGCGCAGUGAUCAAGAGGAUAUGGUGCAUGGUUCUGAUUCCGAAAAAGAAACUGAUUUUCAACCGAGUGGAUCACAAUCGAGAGCUAAAACUCCUCCUCCGUCAGGAGCAUCCACAGCUCCUGUUGCCGUGUCCAGGACGUCUUCCACAUCUGCAGUGUCUCGUACGGAAAAACGAAAGCCCAGUGUAUCAUCAUUCUUCACCUCAUCAAGUGAGGAAGAAAGCAGUGCUAGUGAAUCGGAGGAAAGUAGUGAUUCAGCGUCGCUCACCGACGUGGAUAUGCCCUACAAAAAACAUCAAUCGUCAGUACCUCGUGAUAAACAAGAAAAACGAAUAUACUCGGAUUCCGAUAGCGACGACGAUCUGGAACAUCCGAGCAGCAAAUUCUCACUUCCAUCCAGCAGCGCCGGAUCACGCAACAAAGCUAAAAUAUACUCGGAUUCUGAUUCUGACGAAUCGAAUAAACCGCCCCGCAGAGAAGUUCUUCCACCCGUAUCUACCGAAAAAGCGCGAAGCAGAAGUCCAGAGGGUUCUGUUUCUAUCAGGCCACAGGAUCGGGGAACAACACCCACCCCAUCUACUUCACUGAAACCCACAGUACCGAUGCUGCCACUCGACCAAUUACACGAAGAUCUAUCGCCAGAUGUGGACGGUAGUCCCCCUCCGCAGCAACCACCACGGACGCCGGGUCGCGAAUCUCCCAAAAAGUCUCUCUAUGAAUUGGAUCGAAUCUACAGUGAUUCUGAAGAAGAACGUGAAUAUCAAGAAAAGCAAAGACGAAAAGCAGAAUAUCUGGAACAGAUUGAGCGCGAGUUCCAGGAAGAACAGGCGCGUUUGGCGUUGGAAGCGGAGGAAGCAGCCAAAGCAGCAGCAAAUGCGCCUCCAGCACCUGCCAUCACAAAAUCUCCUGCCAAGGGGUCCCGCACGAAUAAGAAAAAUACUUCCAUUCCAAUGUUGGAAAAAGCUCCAAGUCUUGAUGAUCCAAGUACACCACUCACAACGCAUCCGCCGCCGACGCCUGGUGCCGGUAUACUGGACAUGGUCAAAGAUCCGCUCAGUUCAGUUCUACCCAGCGUGUCUAUAGUCCCAGCCCCAACGGCGACUGGUAAAAAAGCACCUAAAAAGCCAGCCAAAUCGAGAGCCAAGGGCGGCAAGAAAACGAAAGAUACGAACGGAGUACCACCCAAUGUUGUUCCCGCACCAGAAAUUCCUCCAACUCCGGUGGAAUUACCGCCAAUUCUACCUCCUCUCAUUGCUCCUACUACUAUGGUUAUGCCGCCUCGUGUAGUUGCUCUUGGUGGCACAGCUCCGCUAAGCUCUUCGGAAGACUUCUUCUCGGCUGACGAAGAAGCUGCACGCCGCGCAGCGAAAGCAUCGCCUGCAUCGUCUGAUGGUGGAUCCAGUCAAGCUAGUCAAGUGGCUCUCGAUCACUGUUAUUCUCUUCCCCCAUCAGCGUCCCCAUCGUCUUCUUCACCUCAUCCACAGUCAGAUUCAUACGCGCCGGUCGCAAAAUCUGUCAACAAAUACGCCCCAUCAUCCGACGAUGUUUUAGCGCACGACCAUGGGUACACGAAUAACGAUGACGUAAUAAACAGUGCAAUUCCCGGAACACCAGGUGGAUCGAUUCCUACGCAUGAACAAGAUGUACUUUCAUCCGUUCCAUUGGUACCUAACACUACUGUUGCAGCCUCUAUUCCUGCUCCUUCACCAUCGGCAACGCGACCAGUAGGUCGACCCAAAAAAGAUCCCAGCACCCCAAAAGCCAAACACAAGAAGCGGUCCGAAAAGCAGGACAAAGCAGCAAUUACUCCAUCGGUUACUGGAGCAUCCACUGCUACUGAUGCUUCCAAAAUGUUGGUCCCCUUGGGUCAACCGCAAUCAUUUGUGCCGGUGGCAAAGUAUUACGAACGUGAUAUUCGGUCCGGAAUGGCCAUAUUCUAUGAUUUCCUAACGCGGGGGAUCGACGCUGAGGAUAUUCAGUAUAUAAAGCAAAGUUACGAACUGUUGCUCAGUGACGACACCAACAGUUAUUGGCUGAACGCAACACAUUGGGUGGAUCAUUGUACGACGGAACGAAGUUUUCUGCCUCCACCGGCUAAAAAGCGGAAAAAGGAUAAAGAAUAUGUGUCGGACAUCAAACAGCACUCGACUGGAUCGGCACGAACCCAAGGCUUUUAUAAAAUUGACCCACGGGAAAAGGCGAAAUACAAAUACCAUCAUCUGAAAGGAACUGCUGCUGCCAACCACUUGAACAACAUUGAAACGGCCAAAGCGGUCACCAAAAUGCAAGGUCUUUCCCGAGAAGCUCGCUCAAACCAGCGCCGGUUAUUGACCGCUUUUGGUGCCAGUACCGAGUCUGAGCUGCUAAAAUUCAACCAGCUAAAAUUCCGAAAGAAGCAACUCAAAUUUGCCAAGUCUGCCAUCCACGAUUGGGGUCUAUUCGCUAUGGAACCGAUAGCGGCCGACGAAAUGGUGAUCGAGUACGUCGGGCAGAUGGUUAGGCCUUCGGUGGCGGAUCUUCGGGAGACCAAAUACGAAGCUAUCGGUAUUGGUAGCUCGUAUCUGUUCCGUAUCGAUAUGGAGACCAUUAUCGAUGCGACCAAGUGCGGAAACCUGGCGCGCUUCAUCAAUCACAGCUGCAAUCCCAACUGCUACGCAAAAGUUAUCACGAUCGAGUCCGAGAAAAAGAUCGUCAUCUACUCGAAGCAGGCGAUCGGGGUGAAUGAGGAAAUCACCUACGACUACAAAUUCCCCCUGGAGGAUGAGAAGAUCCCUUGUCUUUGCGGUGCUCAAGGCUGCCGGGGAACUCUCAACUAAGGAAAGUUCGGAGAAAGACGGGGACAUCGCAGUAUGUAUUAUAUUUCUUCGUAGAACGAGAAUGCUCAUUAAAGAAAUUUGAUGUUGAUCGAGCGGGAGGUUGGUGAACACAGUAUAGCAUAGUUAGAUUAAGAACCUGUGAAACAGAAUUUAGGAACAAUUUAUGCUUAGUUAAACCAACA